UCUGUGCAAUCUCUGAAAAAAAGUUCAGAGAAGGACCAUCCUUGUCUCUAUUUUGUGGCUGUUUUCCUAUUUGAUCCCACAUAGCAUGUAACCAGCAAAAGGCAUUUUCUCUGUGUAGUCUUUUUUGAAGAUUUGUCUUCUGAGCCACCAUGCUGGCAGAAAGCUUCAUAACUGUCUUCGCCUAUAAAAGCGAGCCUUUUGACUCCUGCCAAGGCCGGUUGCUGAAACCCGUUGGACAAGAAACUUGGCAAGGCCAGUUUGCAAAUACGGAUGAAAAUGAACAGCUCUUUACGAAAUCCAGCCGAGCAGCAGCUGAGAAGGUGGCGGAGAUUCAUGGCAGAAACAUGGAUCCAAAACGUCAUCAGCAGAUCCCUGGACAAGAUGCACCAAGGAACAAAACCCACAAAAUACCCCUGUCCGUUCCUCAGCGCGUACCAGUUCAAGAGCAGCACUGUAGGAAAGAGCUGGAUUUGUACAGAUCUUGGUCAUGCCAAAGUCUUUAUCAGAAUUAUCCCGAUCUGCAUAUCGGAGGAGAUCAUAUCGCUGACCAUACCCGUGAUUCCGAUCACAUCGUGGACCAGACUUAUAACGAAUUGUCUGGUCCCAUGUUCUUGUCGACGGAUCUCCCCUUAGAUACUCCCUUCCCAUUACAGAAACCCAGGGGGCUAAAGUUGGGGCACGGGGACGAUGUCGGGGAGAACAGCCUGGCUCUCCGCAAGGAACCCCUAUCUAACUCGUUACUUAACAAUCACAUGGAAAAGGAAAUCCAGGAAGUCUAUAAACAGUUUUGGGAAGAGAAGUUGACUCACUGCAAUUCCAUCACCCACUGCCUGAUGUCGAAUGGCCUGAUGAGUAACCUCGGUGAGGCCCACCACCCACUGUCUCAUGGACACCAACAAACGCUGUUGCACUCUCUGGCUCGUCUGGGUUUGCACAACAACACUAGCGGUGGAAACAGCAGUGAAUUUAGCACGCCAAAUUUGCAGAUCUCCGCCCCGCUUUGCAAGAGAAAAUGUCUGUGAUGCAACGUGCACCACGAGGGAAAGCAAUUGAUUCUUUAAAAAACAAACAAAACAAAUGGGACAGUCUUUGGUUAACAGCAAUAGCCACCUAGACUUAUACAGUGCUUUACAGCCCUCUCUAAGUGGUCUACAGAGUCAGCAUAUUUUCACCCAACAAUUUGGGUCCUCAUUUUAUCCACCUCGGAAGGAUGGAAGGCUGAGUCAACUUGAAUAAUAGAGUGGACAAGCUUUGAUGGGCAAGAUUUACACUUAAGUUUCUGGAAGGUGACAACUGACAAGUAUAGCAUUGGCAAGGUGACAACCUAUAUACAAUGGAGUCCUAUGGUGUAUAUUAAAAAAUUUGAGAACGUCUUGGAAGAAACCUAGGCAUUACAUUAGGGUUUAUGCUGCAUUUGUGUAUCAGUGAUUUUUAGCUAAUAACAAAACAACAGAUAAACAGAAUGACAAAGUUGGAAGGGACCUUGGAGGUCUUCUAGUCCAAUCCCCUGCUCAAGCAUGAAACCCUAUACCUUUUCAGACGAAUGGUUAUCCAAUCUCUUCUUAAAAACCUCCAUUGUUGGAGCACUUACAAUUUCUGGAGGCAAGUUGUUCCACUGAUUAAUUGUUCUCACUGUCAGGAAAUUUCUCCUUAGUUCUAGGAGAGGAAUUCUAGAGUAGUGGUAAUAGUGAUGGUAGAAAAGUAGGAACUAUUUUUGACCCUGACUUAAUUCUAAAGUGUACAAUAUUCUUUAAGGUGUUGUAGGACAUUAGCAAUAAGAGACUUACUCUCUUGGGAGAGUUGUAAUUGUUUAAGGAUUGGAUUACAAACAUACCUGCUUCCAUCCCCUCCUUUUGUUUUGGCAUUUCAAAAACAUUGUCCUGUAAAGUUGAUAUAUUUCUCCAGAAAUAUAUGGAAAAAUAAUCAGGAAUAUAUUCUGGAAAAAGUGAAAUGCAUUUGGAGAAAGUUGUGAAGGAUUCUAGUGGAAAUUGUAGAAUUUUUCAUGGCAAGAUAUUUAUGAAAUCAUAACAUGACCUUAAAACUUGUGACAUUAAUUUUCCGGUUAAAAAAAAAGAUAGGGGAACAGAAACAAACUGGAUUUCUGCUUUCUGACAUGUCAGUUUCUAACCACUUAAUAUAAUUCAUUGUUGAUCCAUUUUUUCCCCCUGAAAUGGAAAUAUGACUCAGGACUUUAUACAGUUCUAAUGGAAAGUUCUUAGAUACUAACAAAGCAGUUUUUAGACUCUUUAAUGAAUUGAUCCAUACUAACUGGCCGUAUCUUUUCUUUUACAAAUUUCCCAAAUACUCUUCUAUCCUCAAAAGCUUGGAUUUCUUUGCUUGAAUGGGUUUUACUCCAUUUCUGGAUUUUUUUAAAAAAAAAUUGUUAAAAUAAUGAAAUACAAAAUGAAGUCUACAAUAAAAAGUGGCAACCCAAUG